AUGAACAAAGUUAAACACGUAUCUUUUAAUAUCCUUGCAGAAUUUCUAGAUCAUGGGACAUUGGCAGGUGAUUCAAAAUCAAGCAUAGGGGAUGAUCUUCUGGUGGCAGUGAUAGAUAAUCCUAUUGGUUUUACAUGUGGAAAAACAACUUCACCUUAUGCUUAUAUCUUUUCUAAUGGAUAUGUAACAUUUGACUACUUUGACAGUGGAAGGCCAAGAUUGUUUUCAGAUAAAUCUCAAACACAGCCACACAACAUGGUUGCUCCUUUGUGGUCGGAUAUAGACAUGACAAGCGAUUCUCGCAUUUGGUAUCAUUUCUACAAUAAAUUCACAGCAGACUCCUCAGUUCUGAGCCAGGCCCAGUCUCUGAUUGUGGAGAAUUACAGAGACUCAGCUACAGCCUCUAGUUUUAACCCUAAUACAGCUUUAGUCGUGACAUGGGAGAAUGUUCAUCCUGCUCCAGUGUCAUCAUAUUCCUCACAGAAUGCCAGUUUCCAGUUGCUAAUAGCCAGUGAUGGAGUGACCACCUACACAGCUUUUCUGUUUAAACAGAUGGACUGGGUCCCCCCUAAACCUGCCCUACUGGGCUACAAGUGUGGAUAUGGGCAGUCCGACUUCUUUUACCACCCUGCUUCAUUGACUAACAACCUGUUACAGCAAGCGAUUCGUAGUCACUACAGUGGUGGAAAAAAGAAUGAGACUGGGCUUUGGAUUUACAAGAUCGAUUCUUUGCCUGCUGGCACAGUGAAUUAUAGACAGAAAUGUUUCAGUUGGAUACAGGAUUACGGCAAACCUGAUUACUUAAAAACUUUAAUUGCUGAUGUCAAACUCACAAAAUGCCCUUGUAGUGAAGACAGGGUGCAAAAAGAUGGUCGCUUUGUGAAGCUCACAACACAGGAUACUAAUAACUGUUAUGUAUUGGAAUUCCCUGGUAGUACAUCUGGAACACGGGAACCUAAUGUGUACUGUAUUUGUGUACUGCAAGGACAUAUUAGUUGUCCAAAAUGCUGUUACAAAAGCCAGACAACUUUGUUGAUUACCACAGGAGAAGAAGCUGGAUACAUUUAUAUGGUGAAUCCUAUGUUGAAUUUGAAAGAGUCCAAUAGAUUUGACAGAGAUCCUCAUACAUGGUGCUGUGAAAAAUCAAACUUGUGCAAUGAAUUCCUUCGCUAUCGGAUCUCUGAUACUUGCAGGUUUUACAUUCCUCUUACUUCAGGCUCCUCCUUUGGAGACCCCCAUGUAAGAACAUUGGAUGAUCUGACCUAUACAUUUAAUGGACUGGGAGAGUAUGUGAUGCUGACUAUGGUAGAACCAGGAACAAACAUCACCCUACUGGAGAUACAGACUCGUACAGCACAAGCUGUCAAUGCUAAUGGAACCAAGAUAAAUGCCACAGUCUUCCAUGCAUUUGCUGUCAAGGAAAAAAAUGGAGGAGAAGCUCAGGUAGAAGUCAAUCUAAAUGGUACAGGUAUGAUUCUUCAUAUAGACAGAGAAGACAAGACUUUACAGUUGUAUGCCAGUGACACAUUUUCAUACUACAGAGCAAAUGCUAUUGUGGUUAGGAGAAUAGGAACACACAAGAUCAAAGUACUGUUUCCUUCUGGUCCGACAAUGGAGUUUGCUGUUAACUUAGGAAUGAUGGAGUUGACAGCAUCAAUUCCAGAAAGUUUGUCCUCCUCCACUAUCAACAGUGGACUUCUGGGAAAUAUCAAUGGCAAUAUGACAGAUGAUCUGAUAGAUCCAAAUGGAACCAUGCUAUCUACAAAUUCAACAGAACGAGAAAUAUUUUACAGCUUUGGACAGCAAUGGCAAAUUGAUUGUGGUGCCUCCCUCUUUGUGUAUCGUGAUGAUUCUAAAUGUGAGGACUAUCUGCACUCGGACUUUACUCCAUUAUUUCUGGAUGAUUUUACAAAAGAAGAGAGAGAUAGAGCCAUUGCUGUAUGUGGUGGAGCAGAUAAGAUGAACUGUAUUUUUGACUAUCUAGCUACCCAGAAUUCAGCAGUUGCUAACCUGACAAAGUCAACACAUGCAGCUGCAGAAGAAGAAGCUGUGUUGGCAGCAAAUAAUCUGCCCUCUAUUGAUGGGAAUGGUAUCUAUUCCAUUGUUGGUCAGCCAAUAAACAUCACAGCUACAGCUACUGACCAGGAUGAAGAUAAAGUGACCAUUGUAAUGGUGUCUCCUGUUAAUGUUCUGUCAUUGGAAGGGACAGGAAAUACAAACUUAGUUUAUCAGUGGACACCACUCAACAUGACUCCUACACCUGUAGAGUUAUAUGCCACUGAUAGCAAACAUGGAAUAUCGGGUUUGUUAACAUUGAGUGUGUACCUGUGUUAUGGUUGUAACAACCAUGGCAGCUGUAAUUACUCUCAUGUCAUAUCCACCAGUGUAUCUACAUUCUUCAUUGUUCCCUGUUCAUGUGACAAUGGAUGGACAGGUGAUUCUUGUGAGAUUGAUAUUGAUGGCUGUGCUGGUUCCCCAUGUGAUCCCCUCAGUAACUGUACAGACAAUCCAGCAGCUGAGCACCAGUCAACAGGAAGGGCAUUCAAGUGUGAAAACUGUCCUCAAGGAUACCAGAUGACAGAGACUUUUAAGUGUAUUGACAUAGAUGAAUGUGCAAACAAUACCUUAAAUGAUUGUGACCAGAUCUGUAGCAACACUGAGGGAAGUUUCACCUGCUCUUGUAGGACAGGAUUCAGACUCACGGGUCAUAUGUGUCACGAUAUCAAUGAAUGUUCUGAAGGUACCAACAUGUGUGAGCAGAAAUGUCAUAAUACCCAGGGUUCAUAUUACUGCUCUUGUAUGCCAGGCUACAAUCUGCAGCCCAAUCAAGUUUCCUGUGUUAUGGAAAGUCCUGAUGUGCUGUGUGCUGAUAUGAAUUGCUCACAAGAGUGCACUGUAAACAGCACCGCACACCCAUACUGUUUUUGUAACCAAGGAUACAGCCUGCAGUCAGAUGGAAAGAACUGCACAGAUGUGGAUGAAUGUCAAGAUGCCACACAGUGCCCACAAGUGUGUUCCAAUACAGAUGGUAGUUUUACCUGCAGUUGUUACAUUGGAUACAAGCUGCAAAAUGACAAAAGAUCUUGUCAAGGUUGUGAUUCCCUGCAUUGGGGGUACAAUUGCGACACAUCAUGUGACUGUUCCCAGAAUGCUUUGCGUUGUGACAGUGUAAGAGGGUGUGUCUGUAAGACUGGUUGGACAGGAACCCUGUGUGAGACUAACAUCAAUGAAUGUGUGGAUCCAAGUUUGUGUUCAGCUACAGAGGUGUGUGUAGACAACCCAGGAUCCUACAGCUGUCAGUGUGUCAGUGGAUACCAGAGAAAUGCUUCACAAAUCUGUCAAAAUGUGGAUGAGUGUAGCUCAGCCCUCCAUAACUGUACCUCCACAGAGAUCUGUCAGGACAUACCAGGUUCAUUCCUCUGUCCAUGUCAAGUGGGAUACCAGAGAAAUAUCUCCUCUGGGGCAUGUGAAGAUAUUGAUGAAUGUGUGGAGGGUACUGGCUCCUGCUUGCAGAAUUGUCACAACACUGUAGGGAGUUAUUAUUGUACCUGUUAUAUUGGAUAUCAGCUACAAGACGACAGGAGAACAUGUGUGAAAUCCAGAAAUCCCUGUCUCGGAGCCAGUGUGGAUGGAACCUGUGACACAACUCAUGGAGGAUGUACCGUCAACUCCUCCAAUGUAGCCUAUUGUUUCUGUGACCAUGGAUAUGACCUCCAGGUCAAUGCUUCAGGAUUCUCGCUCUGUAUAAAUAUCAAUGAGUGUGUGACCAACAUCUCUGGCUGUUCCCACAUCUGUAAUGAUGUCAGUGGUAGCUUCUACUGUGAUUGUCCUGAUGGAUACAAACUGACAACGGAUCACAAAACAUGUGAAAGUUGUAUUGAGACCAAUACAUGGGGACCAAACUGCACCACUCCCUGUAAUUGUGCAGUGGGGGCAUCAUCAUGUGACCCCAUUCAGGGCUGUCUGUGUCACCUGGGCUGGACUGGAAUACUGUGUGAUACAAAUAUCAAUGAAUGUACAAAUGCAACCUCACCUUGUAAUGCAACCCAAAUAUGUGUUGACACCCCAGGAUCCUACACUUGUAAAUGUGACACUGGAUUUCAAAGUGACCAAACAGGAGGAUGUCAAGAUGUUAAUGAGUGCCUCAGCAACCAGGACAAUUGUCAGCAAAUUUGUAUCAAUACUGCUGGCACCUUCAACUGUUCGUGUCGAUCUGGAUAUGAGUUAAAUACUGAUGGAUAUUCAUGUCAAGGUAACUGUUAA